AUGGCCAAAUCUCCGAGCUUCUGUUCUCUGCCGCAGGGAUGUGGACUCCUGCAGAUUGGGUUUCGUGCUGCACCGACGAAAGGACGAGCUCUGCCUUCGAAACUCUUAGGAAGGAAGGGUACAGCCUGCCUCCUUGCUGGCAGUGUCGUACUUAGGAGCUGCAGAGCCUGCCAUGGGCGAGUUUUAGGGCCGGGUGCCCCUGGAUGCAACACGCCGGAGUGGACCGAGCUUCUGGUAGAUGGAGAUUCGCACUCACUGGAUGAUAUUUCUUGGGCCUUGCAGAACCUGCAGUCACGUGGCCAGCCGGUAAAGACCACGAUUUUCGCAGCCCCGGCUCGGCUGCAGAACGGCAAGUGGUCUGAUUUCAUACGAGAGCAAGGGCUGCGGUUCCAUGGCGUGACGAGGGGCCCCGGUUACAAAGAUCCCAACGAUGAAGCGAUCGUCACCUGCAUGAAGCAGCUGGUCAUGCUUCCUGGUGUGAGCCGAAUAGCUCUGUUGACAUCAGACUCUGACUUUCUGCAAUGCGCACAGCAUGUCUGCGAAGCUGGCGGGAAAGUAGUGGUACUAGUACCCGAAUCCCAGACCGGCACACGGAAGACUUACACCGACGCUGGCCUCGAUGUCAUUGCCAUCGUCCACGCUGGGGCCAGGCAGUAUCCACGAGUAAAGGCCUUUCUCCAUUCCGACGGCACGGGAUCCCUGCAACGCUGCGAGCCCGUCCAGCCUACGUUUGUUCGUGGGGAAGUGGCCAAGCUACAUGCCUUGCUGGAGCAGCUGGGUCUCUGGCAGGGCUCGGACUCAAAACUCUCCACGUGCAUUGCCAAAUGCUGGUUCGCGAACUCCCUGGGCACGCUCACCCUCUUCCCUUUUCAUUGCGCUAUCUCGGAGCUCCACCAAGCACUUUCUGAAAAGAAGGGCGACUGGAGAAGGAGCUCCUCCCCUCCACUCGCCUUCUUCUUCCCCAUCGGCAGCGGCACGCCGAAGUCGAAGCAAAAGGAGGCCUUCGGAGGCAGCCGAGCCGCGAGCCUUUUUCAGGGAGGCGGCCCCUUCAUGCUUCAGGAUUCGGACACCCUGCCUACCAGGCUGCUGAGGAGGUUGGGCUACUUCGACGAGCACCUGAAUGCCGACCUUCGGGAAUCCAUGCUGGUGUUUGCGAACAUGCAGGGCAACAAGCGGCUCCUGAGGGAAGCCGGGUCUUUGCCGAACCCCGAGGACGGCAUUGGAGACCUCUUGGGCUUGCUGCGGCAGGCCUUUGUCUCGAAUUCUUGCUCUGGGCACUGGCAGCUGCCGCCGAAGGAUGUGGACGUGGGGUUGUUGAAAGUCACGCGCAGCCGGACGUAA